GCCGCGAUUCAAAGCGGCCGUUGAGGCGGAAGCGGCCGUUGCUGGGGCUGAGGGCUGAGGAGACGAUGCCGCCUCCGGUGAAGGAGCGGCGGCCGCUGCCCGGAAAGAUGCCGCCCGGCGCCGGACCCGUGCGGCUGAGCUGGCGGGCGCUGGCCGAGAGGAACCAGAGCGUGGCCCCCGUGGGUGUCUGGGUGGAGAGCGCCCCGGACGAGCCCGAGCGCAGCCUUGCCUUCGCUUCAGCGUUUCAGGUUGAAGAGGAACUAAAGGAGCAGGAAAGGGAGAAAGCAGCGAGUCUGAAACGAUUCCAGGGAGAGGUAAAGCAGAGGGUAAAUCUGCAAGUCAGGAUGAGAAGAAAGCAGCAGCUGCAGAGAUCCUAUGAAGCGGCGGAGAAGGAAAGCUGUGUUGCCCUGCAAUAUUCGGACUCGGCGCUGCACUUGACCCCCAGGAAGAACACGUGUGUGUUUCAAAGCAACCCCACCUCGGCCAUCUGCAGUCCCCGUGCUCGCUUGGCCCCUGCGCAGCGGCUUGGGGAGCCGGAGCGAGGGCAGCAAAGCCAAUCGUUCCGGCAGCAAGCCGCCCAGCUUAGCAAAACCAUGAAACAAGUUCGGCGCAGGCUGGCGUCCUGCAAAACGGUGCCUGAAGGAGCCGGACCACCUGAACUCCCUGGCGGCAUCUGGAGAGUUGGCCCGCGGCAAGAUAAACCAGCGUCAUACAGGAUGGCCCCAGGAUCCAGAGAAGAUGAGGAUGAGGAAUUUCUUCUAGCUGGACAUCACGAUCUUCCAGCUGAACUGCAAGACCAGGCGACCGUCCCACAUCAGGCUGAGCCAGAAGAUGGCUUCUACUUCGAAACUGAAUUUGAAAAACUUUGUGGUGGAUCACCGAAGGAAUCAAGCUUGCCCACCUCUCCCCAGAGACCAAACGCUGGUUACCGGGUUCCCCUUGAACUCUGGGCUGGUGUAGACAAAGAGGAAACAAAGAAGCAGCGUCAAAAUGAGUUCCUGAGAUACAGGCGCCUCUUUAUGGAUAUCGAGCGGGAACAAGUGAAGGAACAGCAGAGGCAGAAAGAGCGGCAGAAGAGAAUUGCCAAGAUUAAGAGCAAGAAGGAGAACCAGCGUCGCCUGGAAGAGCAGAGGAUGCAGGAGAUGGCCCAGCAGCAGGAACGCUGCUCGGGGGAGAGGGCCUGCGAAAUCCUGGCCCAGCUCAAACUAGAGGAGAGGAAACUGAAGAAGAUCAAGGAAAAACAACAGCGAAAUAAGGAAUAUAUGAGGUACGUGGAAGCUCUGAGAGCCCAGACGAGGGAGAAGAUAAAGCUGUGUAACAUCGACUUGCCUCCGCUGUGCUCCUGCGGGUCUGAUUUCUGGGACUCCCAUCCAGAUACUUGUGCCAACAACUGUGUCUUCUACAAAAACCACAAAGCGUACAGCCGCGCUCUGCGCUCCGUCGCCUCGUCCUGCGACCUCGCGGACAGGAACUCGACAGCCAGGCUGCCCAUCCGCAGCUUGGCCGCUCUCUGGGCUCCCGCCGCAAAGCACCUGUGAAAAGAGCCGCCGAAUCGAGCCGCCGAAUCGCCCCGCGCUUUGCUGGCCGCCCGUGGCGCGUCGUAAGUAGACGUGGCGUGCGCGCCCCGGCGUGAGCGUACGAGCAGGGCUGCGUUGCCACCUGCUUGUCACUGGUUGGGGUCACCUAAGCGCUGGGGCACCUCCGCGCUGCUGCCGUUUGCGCUCAGGUUUAAGCUGUCCCCCAGCUUUGAUAUUUGUGUUGGGUGUUUUUUGUUUGUUUUUUUUUUAUUAUUAAUAUUAUUUUUUGCUCGUGGGCAGUCCUGGCGCUGACCGGAAGCGCGGGGCGAUGGUAGGCGUGAAGGAGCCAACCGCUGGUGCAGGCCUGUUUGUAAGCAGACGCGUGAAUUUUUUGGAGGGGGGGGGCUUCGGCUGUGGAAUGGACCGUUUGCAACGUGUGCGUGUGUAAUUCUCUUGUCUCCUUGGAGUGAGAAAUAAAGUGAAAUAAGGAGAAAUGAGA